AUGGACUUGGACACAGAUGUUCCCAUGGAAGAUGCCUCGGAUGAGCAAGUCCAGCCUACAAAGGUGGACGACAGCAAGCAGCUAAGUAAAAAGGAGGUGAGUACCUCGUCUAUCAAUCAAUUGGACCAAUGGAUUGAAAAGUUGUCUCAGUGUGAGCCACUUUCCGAGCAGGAUGUAAAGAAGUUGUGUGACAUGGCGAUUGAUGUUUUACAAUUUGAAGAGAAUGUCCAACCGGUGCAAGUGCCAGUGACGAUAUGCGGUGACGUCCACGGUCAGUUCCACGACUUGAUGGAGUUAUUCAAGAUUGGCGGUCCCUGUCCAGACACAAACUACUUAUUCAUGGGUGACUAUGUUGACAGAGGAUACUACUCGGUGGAGACGGUGUCUUACUUGGUGUGUAUGAAGGUGAGAUACCCAAACAGAAUCACCAUUUUACGAGGCAAUCACGAGUCGAGACAAAUCACACAGGUUUACGGCUUCUAUGACGAGUGUUUGCGUAAAUACGGAUCGGCCACUGUAUGGAAGUUGUUUACUGACUUGUUCGACUACUUUCCUAUCACCGCCCUUGUGGAUAACAAGGUCUUCUGUCUUCAUGGUGGUCUUUCCCCUAUGGUGGAGACCAUUGAUCAGGUGCGUGAAUUGAAUAGAAUCCAGGAAGUUCCCCAUGAUGGGCCCAUGUGUGACUUGUUAUGGUCCGACCCAGACGACAGAGGCGGAUGGGGCAUUUCGGCCAGAGGCGCUGGUUUCACUUUUGGCCAGGAUAUUUCAGAGCAGUUUAAUCACACCAAUGACUUAGAUCUUGUUGCUCGUGCGCAUCAGUUGGUGAUGGAUGGCUACUCGUGGUCCCAUCAGGAGGCCGUGGUCACGAUUUUCUCGGCCCCCAACUACUGUUAUAGAUGCGGAAACCAGGCCGCCAUCAUGGAAAUGGAUGAGAGCCAUCAGAAACAAUUCUUACAGUACGACCCCUCAGUGCGGCCAGGUGAACCCACCGUCACAAGAAAGACGCCGGACUAUUUCUUGUGA